GACAGGAAAAGGAAGGGACACUCAACAUGGAAAAACUCUGCAGUGAAAAUGAAGGAAAGCCUGAGAACCAAGGCAAGAUGGAAAACAAGGGAAAACCAAAAGAAGGAAAACCAGAGAGUGAGAGAAAGCCAGUAAGUGAAGGAAAGCCAGUGAGCGAGGGAAAGCCAAAAGAAGAAAAGCCAGCCAGCGAACCAAGGGCUGCAGGAAAGCGCCCAGCUGGGGAUGAUGUACCCAAGAAGGCCAAAAGAAAAACCAACAAGGGGCUGGCUCAGUGUCUCAAGGAAUACAAGGAGGCCAUACACGAUAUGCACUUGAGCAAUGAAGAGAUGAUAAGAGAAUUUGAUGAGAUGGCCAGGGUGGAGGAUGAGGUGAAGAAAACCAGACAGAAAUUGGGGGGGUUUAUGUGGAUGCAAAAAAGUUUACAGGACCCCUUCCACCCGAGGGGCCCAAGGGAACUCAGGGGUGGCUGCAGGGCCCCACAAAGGGGCUUUGAAGACAUUCCUUUUGUGUAA